GUAAAGCUUCCAGACCUCGGACCUUCAUCGCGAGACUCAAAGUCGGAACGUCACUGCUUUUUUUACCUUGAAUUGCCUACGGUUAUCAAUCACAUGAAUUAGCAAGAGUUCUUCGUGAUUCUCAAAUCAGAGCCACCCUGAGGCGGGGAAGCGUGGGGUAAGCAUCAUUAACGCACAGUCAUCAUCUGCGACAAGACUUUUCGUGCAACGUCCGUCCUCGUCUUGCGGCUCCUUCAUCGAAUCACGAAGUCGAAAUCAGAAGUGUUCGAUCGACUCUUCGGGCCAGGUUAGGUGCUCACACGACCUAAUUCUGGACUGCGGCACGGGUGACGUUGUUCGUGCCGAACCUAGCUCAGCCGUCUAGCUUUCGAGGCACGCUCCCCGGAUUCUUAUCGUAAAGACCCAAUCAAUGGAUCCCAACUCGACAUCCCCCACGUCGGUUUCCCCAGGUUCGCAGCCUGUCGACGUGGGUAAAUUGGCUUCCGCUGGAGAGAUAUCACCAACUACGCAGCCUGUGACCGAUCCUCCCGCGUCUCAAGGAACACAUGAUGCUGGCGCUGUGAAAUGGCCUGGUGCGCCGCUCGAACUUCCUUCAUCUGCAACAGUGUCCCUCGACAACAUUCGAGAUGCAAGGAAGCCGUCUAUCCAGAUUAAGCCUCACUCCGUAAUGUCAGGCGAACCGAAGAAGAGGCCUUCGAGCCAGCGGAGACGUUUAUCAUCUCCUCCGCCGCCGCCAGUGUUCCGAUCUAGGGUGUCUUUUGAUACCUUUGAGAUACCAGAUAAGAAAGAGGAACCUACAACAGAGCCACCAUCCUUCACAUUGAACUCCAAACAUAAGGACUAUGAGUACAAUAAGAGAUCCCGAACAUUUCUAUGUGGUCUUGACUCCAACGAUUACUCCGAAUAUGCUCUCGAAUGGCUCAUUGAUGAGCUCGUUGAUGAUGGAGACGAAGUCGUGUGCCUUCGAGUUUUAGAUCCAGAGGUUGCGAAAGACCGUCUACCGGCCAGUAGGUACCGUGAAGAGGCCGAGAUGGUCAUGAGGUCAAUUGAGAAAAAGAACCACGAGAACAAAGCCAUUAACCUUAUUCUUGAGUUCUCCGUUGGAAAAGUUGAGAGAGUCAUCAAAAGAAUGAUUGAAUUUUAUGAACCCGCAAUUUUGAUCGUGGGCACGAGAGGACGCAGUCUGGGAGGCUUCCAAGGUCUGUUACCGGGAUCUAUCUCAAAAUUCUGCCUCCAGAACUCUGCAGUCCCCGUUAUUGUCGUGCGACCAAACAUGCAACGCUCACGGGGCAAACGAAAACGUCAGCAAGACCCGACACGGCAAGGAUACAGAGACCUGCUUGACCGCGCUGGCUUUGAAGGUCAUAUACUUGACGAGAAGAAUCGUUACAGUGUUGAUUAUCUCGGCGGGAAGGAAGAAGAACGACCCGCAUCUACAGACGAAAGUGCUGCUGUGGCUGCAGCAAUCGGGUUCAGGAAGCAGGAACGUUCUGCAUCUAAAGGCAGUCCACUCACUAAGGUUGAAUCAGCAACCACCGACGUGACCACAACGACAGAAAGCGAAGCAGGUAGCGAAUCUGGAAACGCGAGACUAAUGAAAAGUCCAGAAAUGAUAGGAUUGGAAAGCCCCGAGCUUAGCGGCGAGUCUGCCUUUGGUGAUGAUGAUACUGAAGGUGAAGGACCAUCGACGCCUUCAAGUCCAGAAACUCUUAGCCGCCAGGCCCCGAACGUGAUCGUAAGAAGGGCAACUGGCGAAUUGGAAUGACAUUGGCAUGCGUCGUCACCAUGUAAGGCGACACAAUCGAUUUACUUUUCAUGAAGUGACGGAAAGGCUGAAUGCCGCUACAAAUGCGGCGGGCGUCGAUCAUGUAUGUAGUGGAGCACUCUUAGAACAUAAAUGAGUUUUCGUAUAGCCAUGUAUUCUACGUAUCUCGAAUAGAAAUAAAGCCACACGUUAAAUG